UCAACUGUUGCUCCGUCAGGAGACGGGGCGUUUGGACACUUUUAGACGAGCGACCCACACAGAAAGGAUAUCGCGUUCCCUUUUGAUCCCGAUGUGUAACGCCUUUUCCCGCAGUGUGUCAUUACUUUUUGUAAACAGCGGUAACGAGAUAAAUUUUCAUUCAUAUCUGCAUUCGGAUUUCGGACACAUGAAUUUUAAUUCCAUGCUUUAAAUUAGAAAACCGCCGGAAAGUGCUCCGCUUCCUCAUGGGUGGAUUGGCUGUCGACUUACCCUAAGCUGGCAUGCUAAUGAGAUAAGAAGUCUCGGAGAUUCUUUUUCCAAGAGAAAAUGCUUGAUCGUAAUUUCUUUCAUUGGGAAGAAAGUUUAAACUCCACCAACAUGAGCGUUCUUUCAAGUUACAGUUCCAUUGUGAUGUGAAGACUAACUUCUGACAGAAGAAGAUCGAAAGAAAAAAAAAAUGAAAGCAGAUAAUCACCACAGGACAUUAAGGACUAGCUCUUCCAUCGGUGAGGCAUAUGAUAUACACGAAUCUCACAGCCACGAACCUCUAGUUGCCCAGGCUCAUAACUUAGAGGACUUAUCCAGUACUAGAGAAGAUAAACUAGAAGAAGAUGAUGACGAAGAUGAUGAGGGAGCACCGUGUGGUUGGGGUCGUCUCCAACCUACUCAAUUACAGAAGUUCCGCUCUGCCCGCUGGGUCUUAUUCUGGUUAUGCUGGGCCGGUUUCUUGCAGGGUCUGAUAGUGAACGGUUUCAUCAAUGUGGUAAUUACUACCAUUGAGAAGAGGUAUCAGCUACGAAGUACUGAAUCUGGUCUCAUAGCUGGUGGAUAUGAUAUCGCAUCAUUUCUGUGCCUUGUGCCUGUCAGUUACCUAGGGGGCUCUCGCAGCAAGCCCGUCUUCAUCGGCAGCGGUGUUUUAAUCUUGGCGCUCGGGUCCUUUGUCUUUUCCCUGCCCCAUUAUAUGUCUGGUCCCUAUUCCUUCAGCCAAGAACGAGAAGAUCUAUGUGCAGCUACCAAUAACUCAAUGGAUUGCUCUGGAGAUGGCGGGACCCAUCUAUCUCAGUUCAAAUAUGUAUUCUUCUUAGGGCAACUUCUGCAUGGCGCUGGUGCCGCACCAUUCUACACCUUAGGAUGCACCUAUUUGGAUGAAAAUGUUUCGACGAAAAUGUCUUCCGUUUACCUUGGUAUCUAUUAUACAAUGGCCGUGAUUGGACCGGCUGUAGGCUAUCUGAUUGGUGGUCAAUUUCUGAAAAUUUACGUGGACAUAGGUGUGGAUCCAACGGAACUGGGCCUGACUUCUUCAAGUAGCGUCUGGGUAGGUGCAUGGUGGAUAGGCUUCAUUUUCACAGCUAUCCUCGGAGCUCUCGUAGCGAUACCACUCACUGCUUUUCCCAAGACAUUACCUGGAGCCCUUCGAAUAAAAGCCGAGAAGAAAACAGAAAUGCAUCAGAAAUUACAAAACAGCGAAGCGGUACAAACUGGAUUUGGCACCAGUCUCCGAGAUCUUCCAUCUUCCUUAAGAUUUUUGCUUACAAACCCUACAUUUGUCUUCCUCAGUUUAGCCGGAGCAACAGAAGGAAUGCUGGUGUCAGGUCUGGCCACGUUCCUGCCUAAAGUAAUUGAAUCUCAAUUUAGCAUUGCAGCCAGUUGGGCAGCGGUGCUUGUAGGUUUGGUGACGAUUCCUGGAGCGGGAGGAGGUACAUUUUUGGGAGGAUAUCUGGUGAAAAAGUUGAACCUACGGUGUGCUGGCAUCAUUAAAAUGUGCAUUAUCUUCUCUUUCAUCUGCGUUGGACUGGUCUUCAUCUUCAUUCUGCACUGCCCGAACGCAAAAUUUGCUGGACUUAAUCACUUCCUGCCGAACAGCUCCGAGCCACUGGAUGUGCCCAAAUUUCAGAGUUCGUGUAAUGCAAACUGCGACUGUUCUCCGAGACAGUACGAUCCCAUUUGCGGAACAGACAAUAUUGUCUACUACUCACCCUGUUUUGCAGGAUGUGCAAACACAUACCAGUCUGAGAGUACGAAGGUAUAUGGAGAUUGUACCUGCAUUCAACAUGAGGGCAGAAAUUUGACCAUCCAAGGCCAGAACGUUGUCAUUCAAGCUACACGAGAAAAAUGCGCGAACUACUGUAGCUAUAUGCCUGCAUUCCUUCUCUUGAUCUUCCUAUCGAUGCUGUUCACUUUCUUAGUCAGCAUGCCCUCACUUUCUGGAACAUUAAGAUGUGUUGCUGAGAGUCAAAAGUCUUUUGCCCUUGGAGUUCAGUGGAUCGCUGUCAGACUUCUUGGUACCAUUCCGGCCCCUAUUUUGUUCGGCUCCUUGAUUGAUCUGAGUUGCGAAUUGUGGCAAGAUACAUGCAACGAGCAAGGUGCAUGUCUCUUCUAUGAUAACCAACUAAUGAGUACGAACGUCCUCAUUUUGGCGUGCGUUCUGAAGUCUCUGUCUUGCGUAUUCUUCUUUUUUGCUUGGUUACUCUACUGUCCACCAGGAGGCGUAGAAGACAGCGGCGAGAAUGAAACUAAAGCAGAAAUAUGCACAGUUAUGGAUGCUGGCCACAAAGACAUUCUUACAUCUGAUUCCUUUGCUGUGAGCAAGGGAGAAUCUGACAUAAAAAUAUUGAAUGGAAACAUAAUUUGAACCUUUAAAACGAUUUCCAUUGUCAAUAUACCAUCAAAGAAUAUUUAAAACCCAUGUUUCGGGCUAUUUAUACAUCAUUUGUAUGACUUUGAAGUGCAGUCAUUUUAAAAUUAUCAUGCUUUAGUCAGAUUAUCCUGAAAAGCAUGUUAGAGAACUGACAAACAGAACAGAAUGUCAAAUGUAUAUAUUACAUGUUUUUUUCCAAUGUACAAAAUAUAUUCAUGGCAAAUACUUAUACUUUAUUAUAUAACGUAUUUCUUGAAAGCCUGUUUACAGUUUGUACUCGUAUAGGAAGUAUGAAUGAGUUGAUAUUUUAAAUUUCGCCAAUUCAGAUCUCGUUUUUAUCGUAAAUAUAUAUCUCAGAAGGUGGGAAAUUGUGAUCUUUUUAUUGUAAGGUAUUCUAUCUUUAUAUAAUUGAUUCAAUAACUUUAAAAUGGAUCAUCUCGAGGUAGAUACUUUAAACAACUUGCACUCUUUCUCAGGUUUGUAACUUGAUACUGAAAGAUUUCAACUCGCAAUCUACUUCCUGUUAUGUUGACAUUUUGUAAAAAAAAAAACUCGAGCUGCGUGAAGAAAGAAAUUGCUUCGAAUCAUCUUCAAUGUUCCGUGCUUGUAAUAAGCUGUUUGUAAAUAGAUUUUGCCUUUUAUAUUGUAUAUGAACGAAAAUUUCAGUACUCUCUACAAAAUAAUGCGGAUUUUUUUUUUCUUUCGCUUUUGUCAACAGUAACGUUAUUUAAAUGUUGUAUUAUUGAUUCAAAUUAUUUAUCACAGUUUUAUGAUCUAGAACAUAUAUUUCUGUUACAUAAUGUCGAUCGAAAAGUAAUUCAGGAUCCUGACCGGGGCAAUUAAUGUUGUAUAAAUUUAGUUUGUAAUAAAGUGUCCAUAAUUUUUAUGAUUCUUUUUA